AUGGCAGGGAAGCCUUUCCGGGCCACAUAUAUCUGGGGCAGCAUUAUCUCCAACCUCCACAGCCAUGUGGAGGUGAAACGACGUCGGUAUAACCUGAAGUCCUACCACGACUGCUUUUUGGGCUCCGAGGCAGUGGACGCCGUGCUGACACACAUCACACUCAUGCGCUUCUUUGGAGAGGAGGCGGUGCCACGAUAUAAGGCUGUUCGUCUUUGCCAGGCUCUCAUGGACUCCAGAGUGUUUGAACCAGUUGGAAAUAAAGUUGCUUUUGGAAAAGACAAGAAGCAACCAACCUUUGAGGAUAGCAGCUGCAGCUUGUAUCGGUUUCUAAGUCCAGGGACCAGUUCAUUAAACUAUGUGCCGCCAGAGCCUGAUAAAAGUGGAUAUGAAUCCCCCAGCACAAACUGGAACAAGAACAGGCAAGAGGUGGAGCAUGGCUUUUUCAUGAAGUCAGCAGCAGACAGGUCUCUGGAGGAAGUGCUGGGCAACCUUGAUCUAAGUGCAAACGUCACACCACAGAUGAUCGACAUGGGAAUAUCUCAAGACAUUUUUGAUGAGUUGUGGCACCAGCAGGCUGUGUCCAGACUGCUGCAGCUGAUAGAGCUCCCCCUGCUGGAGAGUUUGUUAGAGGGAACGUGUCCAUCAGAGUCCAACAAAAACAGCACCGGCAGUGAUACGGAUGUCAUGUGCACAUCAAGUUUCCUCAACAGGGAAGUUCUGAAGGCAUUUAGCGAAGCUCAGGCGGAUGAGUGGAUGUUGGCUGCAGUGGACUGUCUGGAGUUUGUUCCAGACGAGUUGGUGGUAGAUCUGAGCCGUGGUGUGGCCCGCUUUGCUGAGGACCUGCUGCAGUGUAAGAAGCUCUUCUAUCAGGUUCUGGCCCAACAUUAUGGACAUGCUCAACAUCCACCUCUGUUGAGUAACCACAUUUUUGACAUCCACUCUGGAAUCGCCGACCUUCUAGUAAAUGGAAAGCAAGAACAAGCUCUGGAGGCCAUCCAGUUGUGCUUGAAGAUCCAGGACUCCCGCAGUAGAGAAGAGCUACGUAGACUGCUGAGGUUUAUGGCGAUAGCAUCUAAAUCACAGGGACUGAAACUCCACAAGGAGAUAGAAAACAGGAUGGCUGUAAAAAGAGCCUUCUCCAGUGCCAUCGUGUACAGUAGAAGACUGCCAAAAGGCAAAGUAGAUUUAAUGGUGCUAUUCAUGUUGGAUAAACAUCAUGAUUUGUUUAAAACACCUUCCACAUUACACAAAUUGGUCAGUGACAAGAUAAUUAACUUGGUUAAAGGAGAGGAUCCAAAUCAUAUGAACGAUACAUCAUUCUGUGAGAGAAUAAGUUCUAAAGAAUAUGCAGCCAAUACUCAAAGAAACACUAAAGAAGAGCUGUUAUCGCUGCUGCAGACCAUCCACCAAAACCCCCAUCUCUCAGCUAAUGAGAAAAAAAGACUUUUGGGACAGUUUUAUAAAGGCCAUCCAGAUAUAUUUGUGCAAUACUUUGGAAACAGAAUAUCUACAGUAAAUGUUUAA